GCCAUAUCUCGGGCCAAAGUUAUCGCGAGUAGUCUAUUUGUUUGUCGUCUAGAAGGCAGUCCGGCGGAACAUCAGAAUUACCUCGGCAGGCUGCCAUAGAAAGGACGUGAUCUCCUGAACACUUUAGUUUCCUCCAGAUUGCGCCUAACCAGGCGCCUUCUCAGGUAAAAUGAUGAUCAAAGUGAAGACACUGACGGGCAAGGAGAUCGAGAUUGACAUCGAGCCUUCUGACACUAUUGAGCGCGUCAAGGAACGUGUGGAAGAGAAGGAAGGGAUUCCUCCAAUUCAGCAACGGCUUAUUUUUGCAGGAAAACAGAUGAAUGACGACAAGACAGCUAAGGAUUACAACAUCGAGGGCGGUUCAGUGCUCCAUUUAGUGCUUGCCCUGCGUGGCGGAUGCUGAUUGGUCCUGCACAUCGCGGCGCCCCUGGCUGAUGUCUUGCCUGUGUGUACCUGUUCCCAUGGUCAAUCUUUAGGAGGGCGCUCUGACGUCUGAUCACCAUUCCAUGCGUAGAGGCACCCUGUUCACCAGAAUGGGUGCUAUACCCCAAAAAUUAUUCAGCAAUUAUUUCUCGGAAAGGCGGAGGAUUAUAAGACAGGAGUGUUCUUGACCUUCCCACGAGCUAGGUUGUGAAUUUGGUGAUCGUGAGCCGGCUUCUGUUGUUUGUUAGAUACUGAUGGAGGCAGACACCUGUGAUUCGUAGUCUAUGACAGGAGCAACUGCUGAAGCUGAGGUCUCAAACAACAAUUAUCCUGCCAGCACGUGUGGAGAAUGGAGUUUGGAGUUGAUCUUAAAUGCUUUGAGACACCGGUGAUGUUGCCCGAGCCCGUGAUGUACAUGCAUCUUCUUGACACAGGAGUCUGACCUUGAUAAAUCCAAUUCUCUGUCCUGCGAUUGCCAGAUAUCUGCAGAGCUUCCAGGUUAUAUUCUGGUUGGAUCAGGGAUUUGCGAGUGUCGCGCGCGCGUGGCAUUGCGCAAGAAAUGCUCGGCACUGUGGGUGACCCUUCAAGUUGACUUUCCAACAAGGGUCCUCUAAUUUAUUAGACUGCAACUGCACAUUGCUGCCAGCCACAGUGUCACGGUGUAGCCAGCCAGGCAGGCGCCGGGGUAGGCAUGAUUCACUCAGUGCAUUGCACUGCUGGCCAGCACUGCUGGCCACCGUAGCCAUGGCAGCCGGGGUACUUUCAUCAUGGUGAUGAUCACGAUCAAAUGCUGCAGCUGGCUGUGUACGAUGUACAAACGCAUGAGCUGUCUCUCC